ACCAAAACCAAAUCCAUUGCCAUCGAGUCAAUUCAGACUCAUAGCAACCCUAUACGACAGAGUAGAACAGCCCCAUAGGGUUUCUAAGAAGCAGCUGGAUUCAAACCGCUGACCUUUUCUUUAACAGCUGAGCCCUAAGCCACUGUGUCACCAGGGCUCCUUGCAUAUAAACCAAAAACCAAACCUGUUGCCAUUGAGUCAGUUCUGACUCAUAGCGACCCUAUAGGAUAGAGUGGAACUGCCCCACCAGGUUUCCAAGGAGCAGCAGGUGGAUUCAAACUGCCAACCUUUUGGUUAGCAGCCAAACACUUAACCACUGAGUCACCAGAGCUCCUCUUUGCAUAUAGGGACAUAUAUAUAAAAUGUCCAAUAGCCCGCAACCACAGAAUUCCUUUCUUUUGGAUGCAAAUAUUAAAAUUGCAUUAUUCCUGCAUACUUCAAACUUCUCUUUAAAUACUCUUUCUAAAAGCACUAAGAUGGUUUUUACUCUUCUCCAUUUCAGGCCCCUGACAUUUAUGGGAUCACAGACAAAGAGGGUUCUGCUUACUCCCCUCACACAUUCGGCUCGUCCUUUCCGUGUCUCAAACCAUGACAGGAGCAGCCGGCGAGGGGUGAUGGCCAGCAGCCUAAAGGAACUCAUCAGCAAGACCCUGGAUGCCCUCAUUAUCACUGCUGGGCUGGUCACUUUGGUGCUGGAGGAAGAUGGCACCGUGGUGGAUACAGAAGAGUUCUUUCAGACCUUAGCAGACAACACACAUUUCAUGAUCUUGGAAAAAGAACAGAAGUGGACCCCGGGCAAUCAGUAUGCUCCAGCUUACCAACAGCCAAAGAAAUCAGGUAUAGCAAGAGUCACCUUCGACUUAUACAAGCUGAGCCCCAGAGACUUCAUCGGCUGCCUCAAUGUGAAGGCCACCAUGUAUGAGAUGUAUUCGGUGUCCUACGACAUCCGGUGUACCAGUGCCAAGGCCCUGCUGAGGAGUGUGCUGCGGUUCCUGUCCUACGCCGCCCAGGUGACUGGGCAGUUUCUCAUCUACACGGGCUCCUACAUGCUGCGAGUGCUGGGUGACUCUGAAGAGCCGCCUGCCCCCAGGUCACGCUCCAAGGGAAAGGCCAUGUGUGGGUAAUGAUGUGCGUGGGGAGCCACCAGCCUUUUUAUCCAGUUGUCCACUUCCAGUAACUAAUUCUGAAGAUGCUUAUGUUCUUAGCCACAUGCCACUUGCAGGCUGCCAGCCACUUCUAUUCUGGACUAGUGGCCAGAUGAAAGAAAAGAGGUGUCAUGUCACUUGAAAUGGGGGCUCUAUAGCAGGGUGCCCAGGAAGGAGGAGGGUGGUGGGGAGGGGGCUCAUGGGCCUUAGGAAGCCACCAAGCAGCAGGUGUGUCCUGGAGUGGCCAAGGAGCAGCAGCACAUACUGUAGACCGACUGCCAUAUAUCAGUCACAAGAGUUACUUUUAACAUGUGCAGGACUUCCUCCUAUCUCUUUCAUCUCCCCAAAAAACAAACAGUGCUUUCAUGCAAUUGCAAAACUCGAAACCCUUUUAAGUCUUUAGUAGUACUUGGUGCUGCAAAAGUAAAGAACUGUCAAAAGCUAUUUUGUGGGGGGCUGUUUUUGUUUGUCUUGUUUUGUUUUUAAUGUAGGUCAUUCAUGUGCCCAAAGGGACUAGAAAGCUUAAGGACUUGAAUCUUUGGAGGUCUUCAAGCAGCACUUCCACUUCGUUUGCUUUCUUUCUUCC